CGAGGAGUGGAUCAUCAUGCACACGAAAAUGUCCUGUGAUACUCAUCAUCAAACAGAGCACGAUCGUUUGUUAGAAGCUUGGAAAAAUUGUGAAAAACUGCGGCCUCUUUUGCGGCCAGUUCCUAAAUCUGCUGACAAAUCAAAAAGUAUGAACCCACUUUCGGUACAGGAGCACAGGCAGUUGUCGCUGAUUCUAUUGUCGAUUGCACAAGCUCUUCGCUUUCGAGAACACAUUUUGCGGCCAUAUUUCGAAGAAUACUCUCUUGUUACACGUGACGGUCCGUUCUGCACGGUGCGGUAUGCGUUCCGGGUGCUGUAUUACCUCGGCGUAACGUUAUCCAAGCGAGAUAAGGAAUUGUUUGUAAAACGGUUCACCAACGAUGGUCACCUUUUCGAUUACGGCUCAUUUGUUGAAGAAAUCGAUCAGCUGUUCCGCUUUUUGGAUCAACGUGAAGGAGCACUAGAUCGCCAGCAUGAUGAUGGUGCGGUGCCUACCAAAAUCAUCGAAACACAUUUGCCAAAGGUCGUUCGGCCCGAGGUUGGAUCGAUCUCAGUGGCCGAAUUGUGUGGCAAACGGCUCGCCUUUCAUCCUUGUUUGAGUGCUGAUCGAAAGGAUCAAACCAUGCGGGAACUGCUGCUCCGCAUUCAACGACAUAUCUGGGAGAACCGGAUUCGUAUCAAAGAGGUGUUUCAACAACAUGAUCCUUUCCGCUGUGGAUGGAUUACGAGCGGUCAGUUUAUCCGAUGUCUCGAUCUGAUCGGCCUCUCUCGUUUGCAUCGACUUCCGCUGCACGAUCGGGAAUUGAGGCAACUGUGUGAACGAUAUGCCCAUUCGAAAAAUCCUAACCAAAUACGGUGGACCUUGUUUGUGGAGGAAAUUUGCCGAAUGUACAGCGACUUUCCUUUGGAUAAGGAAGCAUCCGUUCUCAGUACUAGUGUUCCUGCAUCCCUGAAACAUUUACCGCCUCUCGGAAAGUAUGAAGCAACUACUCAAGAAAUCCGUACUUGUGGUUCAACAUUGCGUCGAAUCAGAAAGAAAAUUACAAGCGAGAGCAUUAUGCUCGAACCUGUGUUUAAAGAUUUUGAUCAGCACCGCAAAGGAUACAUAAAUUUCAAUCAGUUACGAGAAGCUUUCGCCAUUAGCCGGCUUACGCUGACCGACGAGGAAGCCUUCCUGCUGGAUAAAAUUUAUGGAGACGACCGAGGUUUCCAUUAUACAAAGUUUUUGGAAGAAAUGCAGGCCACUGAUAAACAACCUGCAUCGGAGCAUUUGAAGGUAAAGGAACUGAUCAACCGCGAUUCUACACCGGCAGAACCAAUGGCAAGCGAAAAGGAUAUCGUUCUGGUUCUGGCAAAAGUAAAAGCUCAGGCGGUACAUCGCCGGUUACGGUUGAUAGACUCCAUGGAAGGAUUCGAUCCGUUGCACCAUCAUCGAAUUAGUGCAACUCAGUUCACCAGAGGAUUAUCGACGGCCAGCAUCAAACUGACGCCAUGUGAAAUGCAACUCCUGUGCGAGUACUUCCGAACACCUCUGUCCACCACGAUCGAUUACAAGCGGUUCUGUGACACGGUUGCGGAAAUUGAUUAUCAACCAAUGCUCGAAAAGGCUCCGCUGUUAGUUCCGUGUCGCCAUUUUCCGGCCGAUGAAACAUCGACUUUAAAUUUUCUGAACUUUGAAGAUCGCACCAUCGUUUCGAAGGCUCUGCAGAAGCUGGCACGCCACGCGGAUCUUGUGUCGAACAUGCGCUCGCAGCUGAAGGACUUCGACCCACAAAACGUGGGCCAUAUUUCCCGGAAUCGUUUACUGCGUGUGCUGACGUCGCGUGACUUGCACACACGAAUCUCGAGUCGAGAGUUUGAAAAGUUGUGCAACUAUUUUGCCGUGGAAAUUGGUCAUCGUCAGGAAGUAAAUUACCGAGCCUUGAUGGAGGCGGUGGACUAUCUGUACACCAACCGGGAAGUUCAUCCUUUCUGA